UCAAAUAACUGUUAUCUCCUCUUUUUUUUUCUCUACUGCAAUUCAGCUUUUAGCUGCGAAUGUGUACAAGACAGACUAACUAAUAAUAAAACCUUGAUAUAUUAGUGACAAAAAAUGAGUUAACAAUAAAUGUCAGCCGAUAGGCUGUUGUUUCUCUGUUCAAAGCCUUUCACUAUGUUAUGCUGUCAGUAACCUCGUCCUCAGGCUAUUGCGCAGUUGGGAAAAGGUGUCUGGGAACGAGAUUAUGCUGUCAGUAGCCUAUUUAGUAUUGAUGUGUGAGAUAUGUAAUGACUAAUAGAUUGCACUGACUUCUACUUAUCCGAUUCCUAUUAGUGCUCAAGUUUUAGUCACAUGCUGAUAAAUAUUUAAAUUUAAAGAUAGGCUACUGUUUCCAUUACAUUAUUACCUCACGUGCCUGAGGCAAUAAAACGUAUCUCUGUUUUAUUAUGACGUCGAAAUAGAAUUAUAUCAAUCCAUGACACGGUUCGUCUAUGCGUGGCAAAAAUCUAUUGAAAAGCGGCGAUUAAAAAAAAAGCAUAUUACAGCGAAAGGCAGGACAGUAUGCAGUCAGCGGAUACAAAGGCAACGAUACUGACUCUGCAAGAGCAGCGGCUCCGCGUGCAACAAUUAGAGCUGCAGACCCAAGCAGAGUACAAUGCUGCAAAAGAGAUCUUAGAGAAUGAUCAGAAAGCUCCACAAGGUGGAAGCACCCUGGGCAGGUCACUGCCCAAGCCUGGACCAUCAAUUGAUAGUGUUGUGGAGUGGGAGAAGCGUCGACAGUGUACUCUGAUAGAGCAGCACAACAAGCUGCAGUUUGCUGUCAGGGCCAAGGAGUCACAGCUGCUGGAGAUGGAGCCGGAUAUGAAGGUCCUGGAGCUGGACUCCAUACCGGAUGAUGACGAGCAGCACUACGACCAGCAUGUGAGACAGCUGGAGGACAGCCUAGAAAACAUGACCAUCAAAAUCACAGAGGCUGAGAGGAUCCAAAAAACCUACCUGCGAGUCUGCGACCACCUACAUCAGGAGGUGUGUGAGAUGCCCAUGGCUCCGGAUCAGCUGCAGAACUCAGUGGCCGGCGGGCAGUCUGAGCUAGGAAAGGUGGCGCACAUGUCUCGCACCGCAGUGGCUGCUGUGGACUGCACUAAGAGUCAGCUGGUUCAUGUGGAGAGGCAGCUAUUGGUGGAACGCAGAAUGAUGGAGAAAGAGUUGACUGAAAGGAGGGGAGCGAAAGAGAAGGAGGUGGAGGGCAGGCUGGAGGGAGAGAGGGAGGGAGAGCGACGGAGCAGCAGAGUAGCCCAGAAGUUGAAAGAGCAGGUGAGAGAGGAAGAGACGGAGAGAGAAACGGCGGGGGAGCUGGAGGGAGAGACGGAGGCCCAGCAGACCGUCACGGCCCCCAUUACUACACAGUCCGUCUUCAAACUGGUGGAGGAUAUUGGUGCUCUGAGAGAAGCCCUCAGCUGCACUGAUCUGCAGAAGGCCACCAGGGAGCAGCUACACACCAAGAUGACCCAGUGUGAGGAGCUGGUCAGAAAGAGCAUGGAGACCUUGGCUACCCUUGAUCUCCAGUACGCCCAACUCAAGUUCAGCGCCGGACCCGGCUCUGACAGGUACAGUAGAGCCACAGAAAAGUUUGAGCAGGAAGAGGACCGUUGCAGCCAAUGGGAAGCCAAGCUGGGCAAGGCCCAAUCUGUGCUGCAUGGGGUGGAGCAGGGUGUCAACAACCUGUGCUUCAGGAUUAGCUGUGUGCAUGUGAAGGACUCUCCCAGGGAGUUGGGGGAUCUGGAUGCCACCGAGAAGCUGAGGGAAAUCGGUGUCCGUCCGCUCACACUGCAGACCACAGCUUCAGAGAAGACUGAGGAAAACUCUGCCGACCAUGAGAAGGUGUGGAGCUCCCUGGAGCAGAGCAUCAUGAUGGAGCCCAGAAACCCCAAGAGGGCCAGCAGCCCAGUUGACAACAGCGCCUCAGAAGACACGUUCCAGUUCCGCAGCCUGGAGGAGGACUGCUCCCUGUCCCGAGAACCCAAGAAGAAAGCCCCGAGGGGCACCAAGAGGAGCUAGAGGCACGUUUCAGAGAG